AUGGGGGUCAAGAUUGAUUUGCAACCCGAGUAUGAAGAAAGACGUACUCGCUUGCCUCCAGGGCCUUGGAAUUUGUCAAGAGCAGAGAAGAGAGUGGUUUGCAAUUCUUUCUAUGAUAUGAGGGUCCCUGAAGGUUGCAUUGCUGAGCGGUAUAUAGUGGAAGAAGUUGUAGAGUUUUGCAUCGAGCAUUUAUCUAAUGUUAGUACAGUUGAAGUACCAUCAAGCCAGAAAAUGGGACUUUCAAAGCCCUUAUCAGGUUGCAUAGUGAGUUUAGUUUAUCUGGACUUGUUGAAUCAGGCACAUCUAUAUGUCUUGGAGAAUACGGAGGAAGUUCUACUUUAUAUCGAAGAACAUAUGAUCCACAUCAAGACCACUUAA